UCAUGAUUCAGUAACACCUCUGUUCAAUAGCACUCAUUUAUUUAGCAGAUUAUUUGAGAUUCUACUGUGAGCCUGGUACUGGAGAAAUAAAACUGUUCUCUACAACCUUUCCAUGUGAAGGAGGCUGAUUUUAAAACGGUACAUUCAGGCUGGGUGCGGUGGCUCAUACCAGCACUUUGGGAGGACAUGGUGAGCAGAUCACGAGGUCAGGAGUUCAAGACCAGCCUGGCCAACAUGGUAAAACCCCCGUCUCUACUAAAAAUACAAAAAUUAGCUGGGCAUCGUCAUGCAUGCCUGCAAUCCCAACUACUCAGAAGGCUGAGGCAGGAAAAUCACUUGAACCUGGGAGUCGGAGGUUGCAGUGAGCCGAGACAGCACCACUGCACUCCAGCUGGGUUACAGAGCGAGACUCUGUCUCCGAUACAUACAUAAAUAAAAGCAGUGCAUUCACUGUAACAUGACAAAUACCAUUAGUCACACAGAGGGCGGCAGAGGUCAUUUAGCCGUCCUCCAGAUGACCGGCUGAAGGAGGUGAUGCCUGAACUGUGUCUUGAAGGAGGUGAGAGGUGAAUAAAGGUGAAGUGAACGGCAAGUGGAGUGAACAACAUGAGGCCGUAAGAUGUGAAAGACCGCGGGCAGAUGCUGACACCGUCAGCAGUGGAUAGCCCCACCAUGCAACGUGAGAGGCAGCCACAGGCAAGAGAGUGAGCUAGAGGUGGACAGUGGACUUGUGUGUUGAGCGAGGCCUCUGAGCUUCACAAAACUGGAGGGGAGGAGGAGCCGUUGAAAUGUUUACAGUCAUUGAAUGACAAGGUCAAAUUAGGUGGAUGGUUCUGGGUGGUGAGUGAAGCCUGGAUUAGAAGAGAACUGUGUUUAGGGGCCUCUACUGGGGAGGAAGAGAUGGCAAGCGAUUUAAGAAAUAUUUGGAAAGUCGAAUGAGCAGGACUUGGUGGCUGACUGGCCACAGAAGGAAGGAGAAAGGAGAGUUCAUAUGAACUCAGGUUUCUGGCUUUUGACCUACUGUUUACCCUGAAACAGUGGGUCCAAGUGGACUCUCAUAGUUUGUGAUUCCAGGGUAAGAUGAUAUAUCUGAAUACUAAAGGACAUCAGUUCUUCCAUCAACCUUGAAGUAUUUAAAGGCAUAUCUCUUGCUGACAUUAUCUCUCAGUGACUGAGGUCACAUUUUAGGCCCGUGACCAAGACUGGCAGUUGGGGAGAGGUGUGGACAGAUUUCAAGGUAGAAUUCUGGCCAAGGGAGCAUGGAACUUGUUCCCCAGCUCCAGAUGGCCCAGUGAAGGACUUCUGGGGUUGAAGCUGAGAGCAGCCACCUGACAGUGGAGGAGGGAACCGAUUGGCUCUCGGGAACCACCACAUGGGCCAGCCAUGGCGAGCAGCCUGCCAGGCAGCAGGUGCCAGCGAACCAGGAGAAACCGUGCAUGCUGUCAGUUCCUCCCCUGCAGCUUUGGACUUCAGUCAGGAGCUUUAUCUCUCCUAUUCUCAGCAAAAAAUAAUUAAGGCCAACUGAUUAUUGAGACACCCUCACCCCUGCCCCCCUAAAAAGUAAGACACUUUAUUUCAAGUAACUGCUUCUCCUCCAUGAAGCAGUAACACGCUGGCUUUCACCGGCACCCUCCCCUUUGGGGUCAGCAGAAGGGUGUUUCGUCUUCAGCAAGUGGGAAACCCCCCGUCUUCAGUGUUUUCUGCCCACCAGGAUAGGGCACUGUGGAUUUUGCUUUUGAAGUUUGUCCAGAGUCACUCAAGAAAGACAAAGCCGUCAUUCUACCGGGUGCCACCCACCACCCACCAGAAGGUCAACAGGGAGAGACCAGGCCCCGGAUUAUGAAGCCGCUGAAGCCCAGGGCUUUGCUCCCUUCACUCGGCCCGUUUCUGACCGGGAACCCUCAACAGCUGUUCUAAAGCUCUGCCUGGAGGAUGAGCUCUAAGAAUCCUGUUACCUGGAAGUGUCACCUUUCUGGAGUAGGAGAACAAAGGGCCACACUCUCCCCGGUUGCAAACUUCAAAAGACAAAGAGGGAUAUCAGAUGGCUUCAGGGAGUGACUGGUGAAUGGUUUGAAGAAAUUCAAAGAAAAAAGUUUUGCGAUGAAACAGACGUUAGCCAAAUGUUAAAACAACCACUUACAUACAGGCUAAGGAAGGAGAUGGCAAAAAAUGAUCCAAUAGAAUUACCUACAUCAAGAUCCAAAAAUUUAACUAAUCAAAAAAAACCAACAUCUGUUUCUUCCCGGAUGAGCUUCAGAUCGUCAUUUGCUUCCCUGUUCUCGUUCAGGAAAUCUGGAAAGGAGACUUCAAAGCUUCCAUCACUGGGACAGAAAGGAUGCGACGGCCACGCAGGACCUCCGGCGCCUGUGAGGGGAGCUGCUGUGGUAAGUGACCAGCAGGCAAAAAUAUACAAUUCACCCCUGGAAAAUCAACUAGUCCACAGUGCAUUUGUCCCCAAGCCAGCAGUCAUGAGGGAGGAGAGUGGCAUGCCUCCACCAUGGGACACUUCACUGCUGGAGAAUGAGUUUUUCCAAGUUUUAGAUGACUUGGAUAGCACAUUGGCUCAGGAACAGUCUGCAGGCUCAGUGAACCCCAGAACGCCCCUCAACUAUGGAUCAAGAACACAGUUUAGUCAUUUUUACUCCAGCGGGAACAGACGUGGUAAUAUCACAGAAAGGCACAAAAAACACUAUAAUGACACUUCCAAUAUGUCUAUCUAUGACAUCCUAAGACCAGGAACUCCUAGGGAAGGUUUUAAAACCUUUUCUCCUAGGACAAGGACAAUUUAUGAUAUGUAUAGGACAAGGGAGCCCAGAGCCUUUAAAGAAGAUCAUGUGCAAAAGAAUACUUUUGGGAGUACUUCGCUGUGUUUUGACAGUAGGCAACGGUCGGCCUUACCAGCCACAGGGCAUUUCACAGCAAGAAGCUUACAUUUUCCAGCCACAACUCAGAACAAGAGUGUGUUUGUACCACUAAGGCACCGGCAGAGUCCAAAGAGAACUCCUUUAUCAUCCAUCAUAUGGAACAGAUCGGAUUUCUCUAGAGAUAGGCAGAACCAGGCAGAGUUCCUGAGGGCACCAUCACCAAUGGAAAUUGACCCUGCUGACAAGUAUGUGUAUCCCAGGUAUUUUCAGGAGAGUCGGAGCUAUGAAUCAUACCAUUCACAGAACGUUUACCACCGUGUUAGUUUAAAUGCCCCCUUGGAGAAUGCAAUGAGUCCCGACACUUUUGAGAACUCCGAGAAUAUGCCAUCCUACCAUCAAAACAACCCAUUUGCCAGAUCUUUCUUCAGCAGUACCUUUGGACAAAGCAGAGAACACAGGAGAUUUGGACAAAGUCCUUUUGGGGGUCAACAGAAAGGACAUUCUUCCUGGUCUGACUUUCAUCGCAGCAGGAAUUCAUUCAGUUCUUCUGACAGAGACUUUGAAAUGAUUUCCAUGGAAGCAAAUAGUGCAUCGGCUAUUCAUGGCCAUAGUGUUUCUUCUGAACACUGGGAAUCAUUUUCUUCUGGUUAUGGAACAGAUGUUUCCAGAGGCCAAGAAGAGCCACCUCCCUGGCAGUUUGAUUUUCAGACAUCCACACUGGAGAGGAUGGAGGUAUCACAUGGUAAUGAGAGCCAGUUGACUACUCAUUUUGGCAUGCCAAAUGUUUGCUCCAUGACUGGUUCAAGCUGUCACAUCGAGUCUGGUGAGUUGGUAAGUCAACAGGAGGACAGUUCUCCUGUAGAGGUACAUAUAAACAAAGAAGCUUCCUCAUUUGGAAUUGCUCAGACUCUAGCACCCUCAUUCAAAACGUCCUUUUCCCAGAUUUCUGAUGACAGAAGGAAUUCUCAGAGUUCCAACUUGCAGAAUCCCACGGGCACUUUGCCGAAAAUUGUUCUUAAUAAGCCUGCCUCUCAUCCAAUGAGAGGCCAUGCAGAAGUCACUACGACCGGCAGCAAUUCAACUGACUCUCUGCCUCUUGCCAAAAGCCAGCUCAAUAUCACACAAGUAAACAGUGAGAACGACUUAAAUGAAUUUAUCUCAAAAGAAGACAGACAGCUAAGCAAGAUGGACCAGACAAAGAAGGCAGGUGAAAUACCCCAACCUGUUUCACAGACAGGGAUCUCAAACCCUUUCCCUGAUUUUCAAAAUCCCUUCUCCCAGGACUCAGCCAAGGGCAACAGGUUUGAUUUUAAUGCAUCUACCACAGCAAGUUCAAAAAAGUCACCCAGAGUCCUUUCCCGGAAAGAUACCUCCAAAACGUAUAUAUCGUAUAAAGAGAAAUCCAAUGACAUUAAACAAGAUAAGAGGUUUAACGGGAACGGAAAACUUGGCUCGACAGCUUCCCUUCCUUUCAUUCAGGAACACAGAACACCACCGUCUCUCCCCAGGCCAGACCAAGGUUGUCACCAGGAAUUAACUGUAACUAAUGAAGAUAUUUCAGGCAUUAUUACAGACAACCACUGGAGCUCUGCACCGACUGACACUCAAAAUGCACAAUCUCUAGAAAAGCCUGUUAUUUUAGACACUGAGGGAGAACAAUGUCCUGCAAUUCAUUCUACCAACUGUGGCGAGUUGGCUGCUGGCCACAAGACCUCGUGUGAUUCUUCAGCUCUAUCAACAACUGCAAUACCAGAUUCCUCACCCUCCAAUAAUUCUUCCCUUGAUGCUCCUGUGGUUCCAUCUACUACAGUGUUCUCCAGGAGAAGUCCUUCAGACAAAGAUCCAUCACUGGGAGAAAGAGAAGAAAAAGACCAAAAUAAUCAGUUUGUCCUAAGUCACUCAGAAAGCCAAGAGAGAAAUGAUAGUCAUGUGCCUGCACAUGAUGAAGUGGCCGAUGUUGUCAAAUGCCAUUCACACUCUCCUUUUAGGACCAGAAGGGGAAAAGGAAAAAUAAGUCAUCGUGUAUCCUGUAUUGAAAAGUUAAGCAAAACAGAAAAUAGAGCAGUACCCACCAGUGAUUGCAGGAGCCUCGUUGAAGCAAAUCAAAGCAAUUCCAAAGCCUCUGAGCUUGACACAAUUUACUGUACCUUGCCGAGAAAAUCAAGCAGUUUUCUCAUACAUAGCAGAAAGUCAGGAAGUCAAAUAAUGGCUGCUUCAUUGAGGAAUGGGCCACUUCCCUUCCAAAUCAAACAUAAUGUGGAAGAUACAAUGGGGAACUGUGCAUUAAACCAAUUUAGUUCCAGUUCUCCUGAGUCAGUGACUGAAUGUUCCAAAGUCAUUUCAGACUCAGCCCUGGGAGCACCUGAAACCACAGAGAGAAUGACAAAUGUGAAAAACGGUGGAUCUACUUCUUUUAGAAAAGGACCACUUCCAUUCCUCACCAAGAGGGCGACGUCAUGUCCCUCAGGGGAGCCACAUGCCUCAACUGGAAGAGAAGAAAGAGAAAAGACAUUGGCCUCAGGCACGGAUGCUUCUGAGCUAACACCAAGGCUUCGGGAGAGAAUUAUUUGCCCUUUGGAAAGUGACUCAUCUGUUAGAGACUGUUCUUUAACCAAAAGACGCCACCAAAAGGAAAACUUCCAAGAAUGCACUGAGAAGGAAGGUAAAAUGGCUGCCUCCAGGAGAAGUGUGUUUGCCCUUUCAAAUGAAGACCCUUUACCUUUUCGUUCAGACUUGUCAGGAAAAGAACGGGAAAAAACUUUACAUAAAGUUAAGACAACUAGUAUGUUUUCUGUUUCUGGUGAUGAAGAUAAUGUAAAAUGUCUGGAGGUGGUCUCAAUCUAUUACACUCUGCCAAGGAAACCCAGCAAAAAAUUCUGUAACCUCCUCCAACAGUAUACACAAAAUACUGAUUCACUUAUAGACUCACCUCAAGUGGAGACUGAAACAUUUCCUAAUGCUUUAGAAAACGACGCACAGAAUUAUUCUAGACGAGAGCAGCCAGGAACACCUUCGUGUGAAGAUCUAAAGAUGUCAGUCAACUCUGAUCAGAGUCUGACCACUGAAAAUAUGGCUGCCUUCCGAUUACCAAGCAGGGGGCUCCUAGAGCCUGCAUUACAGGAAAUGGCUUCUACUGAGGCAGCUGUUUCUCUUCCUAAAGAGGAAGCUAAAGUUAGAGAGAUUUUUUCAGAUGAUUUAGCUAAAACACCCUUAGAGGAUUCAGGAAACAAGAAAGAAGGAGGCAAAGAAUUGCAAAGUGAAACCCUGCCUACUUUAUUGACGUUUCAGGGAAAAAAUGUUUCUGAAGAAAGAUCCGAAAAUUGCCAACAAUCCAUUAAUUCAAGUGACGGUGGUCCCUCUAGUCUUCCAGCUCUUUCAGAAAAUAAUAUUGGAAGUUCCCAAACCAGAAGAAGUUCUUGGGAGUGUACGGGGAGUGGCAGAGCCAUUCCAUUUACCGGAAGUGGGAAGUGUCCUCAGGAAGAUCACAUAGCCACAGCUGUAGGUGACGGCUCCAAUGGCUCACAGCCGAGGGGAGGCAGAGGGGACAUUGAAACCAACCGCCAAAAAACGACGAAUGAAACACUUUCUCACUCAGAGAGCCAAGUCUUCGCUCUUACUCCAGCCCUGCAUAAACUACGGCUCGGUGAGGAGACUCGGUCAGAUGAACCAGACUCAGGGAAUCUGCAGUCUGGACCGAGAGAAUUACCUCAAGGAAGUCAGAAGGCAAAUAUGGCAGAGAGCAGGAAGGCUGAAGAUGAAAUGCAGUUAGCCUGGGCUCAACCUUCCCUUCCUGAAGGAAGCAAUAAAAAUAAAACCACCUUGGAAGACCUAGUAAAGGGGGAGAAUCGGUGUUCAGGUAAACACAGAUUGGCAGCCAUGUCUAAAGCAAGCAGAAAAUUCCCAGCGAACGAUGUAAGCCCUAGAAGACAUGUAGCUACUAUCUUCCCCAAAGGUAGGAGUAGGUCUGGCUCGGACCAUUUACCUAUUGGCACAGUGGAGUGCAACCCACUCUUCCCUGAGCCUACUCCAAAGUCUGCAGAAUCCAGAGGUGAAAGCGGGUUGAGUGAGGAUGGGAUGCCCAUGGAGAAGUCCGAGAAGCCUCUGCCCACUCCUGUACUACCCGACAGAGAAACUUCUACACACGCCAGCAACCAGAAGCCCAGCAGCAUCUCACAACGACAUCAGAAUGAGUUUAACAAUGUCCCAGAAUCACAACCACAGCAUGAGAAUUCUAAAGACGUCACAGUAGCUCAGAAUUUAGAAAGAGAAUCAGGAGCCCCAUCCCCGCUCACAUUCACCAGCCUCAGGGAAGUAGAAUUCUCUGACGAUCAGAGGAGGCUGAACCCUCCUUUUCCACUGGCGCCUGCACGGAAGUCUGGAGUGAGCAUCCCGCUGGCCAGUUUUCCACAGCAACAAAUGAGUGUUUCAUCUCUGGAGUGGGAGCUUGAGCCACACAUCUAUCGUUCAAAGAGUUUAAAAAGCAUUAAUGUGCAUGGCAAUCUGCUACGAAAAAGUCAUCCUCCGAAAGUCAGGGAGCGCCAUUUUUCUGAAAGCACUUCUGUUGACAAUGCCCUGAGUCGACUGACCCUUGGGAAUGAAUUCUCUGUCAACAGUGGGUACAGUCGAAGAUUCAAAUCUUUUUCUGAACUCCCCUCCAGUGAUGGAAAUGAAAGUUGGACUUUUCGCAGCAGGACAAAAGCAGGUCCCAAGUCUGCAACAUCUAUAUGCAGACCUAUCGACUAUGGGAUCUUUGGAAAAGAGCAACAGUUAGCUUUCUUAGAGAAUGUCAAGAGGUCACUUACACAAGGAAGAUUGUGGAAACCGAGUUUUCUUAAGAACCCGGGCUUCCUGAAAGAUGAUUCGAUGAACCCUCCCAACCCCUCAGAGUCCUUAAGCUCAAAUUCUCCCAGUAGUCAGAUGCCAGAAGAUGGCUUAUCUCCAAGUGAACCACUUAAUAUCUAUGAAGACGAUCCAGUGGACUCAGAUUGUGAUACAGACACAACCACAGAUGAUGAAUACUACCUGGAUGAAAAGGACAAAGAGUCAGAACUGUGAGGCUUUUCAAUAAAAUGCUUUACCUUUUCCACCAAAAGCUUAAAAUGGAACUGAGGUGUAUAUGUGCACAUGCACGGGAGGAUAAAAGAUCUAGUCUGGGCAGUGUCUGCUCUGAAAUGUCCCACAUCUCCUUUUUUUUUCCCUCCACACCCACUAUAGACAUUUCCUGAAAGCUAGAACGAUGAAUUCUUGUUCUGAGAGAGUCUGCUAUUUUUCUCUCUCUGUAAAUGUUCUUGGCCUGCCUUUCCACCACUCCCACUUGAUCCCUAAUUCACUCUCUGAUUUGGGCUUUCUGCUUUCCUUCCCUCCUAACAUUUUUCAUCUUGAAUUGUGAUUUACAGCCCUAGUACUCCAGGUACAUACAAGACUUACGCAUUACCCCGCACAACUGCAAAACUCUGUAUUGGUUCUUCGGGUCCACACCUUAUGCUCAUGACAUUAAAUAAAAGGUAGGGACGGGCCGGGCGCGGUGGCUCACACCUGUAAUCCCAGCACUUUGGGAGGCCGAGGCGGGUGGAUCACCAGGUCAAGACCAUCCUGGUCAACAUGGUGAAACCCCAUCUCUACUAAAAAUACAACAAAUUAGCUGGGCAUGGUGGCGCGUGCCUGUAAUCCCAGCUACUCAGGAGGCUGAGGCAGGAGAAUUGCCUGAACCCAGGAGGCGGAGGUUGCGGUGAGCCGAGAUCGCGCCAUUGCACUCCAGCCUGGGUGACAAGAGCGAAACUCCGUCUCAAAAAAAAAAAAAAAAGGUAGGAACGAUAACAAUGGGAUAAAUGUUAUCAUCCUGUUUGACUCAUGAACAUUUAGGAAGUUUCAGGUGGUGAUUUUCUCUUUCAAACAAAGAUAAAGGAAUUUUUUUUUUAACAUGAGAAACUGAUUGCAAAAAGGAAAAAACAAACCCAAAAAUAAAGGAAUGUUCUAAGUACAUCCUGUUAUAUCCAUAGUGGAGCCUGCGAGGCACAUGGUCGAAGCACCUAUUGAGGUUAUAGAUGAGGACCUGAAUCCCUGGUAAACGCACAGAAGAUUAGCAGUCCUAGAAAUUCCUCUGAAACUGUGGGGGAUUAUUAAGGCCUUUUAGAUAAGCCAAGGACUUAGGCCAGGCAGCCUCACCAUACAGAGAGCUUCCUGGUCACAGAUUUCUGCUUGUGAAGAGAACACAGCUGAGGAGCAGAGACAGGAAGUGGGCAUCUCUUCGUGGGAUUGACUUACUGUUACUGCAGCUCUCUCAGCAACUGGUUUUUCCCAUUUCCUCAGAGCUGUCCAUUUUCACAGUUUCUUUUUUUGUUUGUUUUUUUUUUUGUUGUUUUGUUUUGCUUUUUUUUUGAGACACAGUCUUGCUCUGUCAUCUGGGCUGGAGUGCAGUGGCACAAUCUCGGCUUGCUGAAACCUUCACCUCCUGGGUUCAAGGAAUUCUUCUGCCUCAGCCUCCCAAGUAGCUGGGAUCACAGUCGCACACCGCCUCGCCCGACGAAUAUUUUUGUAUUUUAGUAGAGAUGGGGUUUCACCAUUUGCCCAGGCUGGUCUUGAACUCCUAAUCUCAGGCAAUAGCUCACCUUGGCCUCUCAAGUGUUAGGUUUACAGGCGUGAGCCACCGCACCCAGCCUUUUUUUUUUUGUUUUGAGACAGAGUCUCACUCUUGUUACUCACUCUUGUUACUCACUCUUGUUACUUGGUCCAAUCUCGGCUGACUGCAACCUCCUCCUCCUAGGUUCAAGCGAUUCUCCUGCCUCGGCCUCCCAAAUAGUUAGAACUACAGGCGCUUACCACCACACCCAGCAAUUUUUUUAUUUUGUUUUAUUAAUUAAUUUAUUUUUUAGUAGAGACGGAGUUUCACCAUGUUGGCCAGACUGGUCUCAAACUCCUGACCUCACGUUAUCCGCCCGCCUCAGCCUCCCAAAGUGCUGGGAUUACAGGCGUGUACCAUUGUGCCUAGCCCACGUUUUCUUUCAUUGAAAGUAGAACACUUCUUUUCAGGGGGAACAUGUUAGUCCUAAGUAUCAAGCGGGAACCUUGGCCAAGUCCCCUAAAAUGCCAGCAAGUCAGAUCUUACACCCUAUUCAGGUCUUCUCUGCAGGAUCAUUUACCAAGCCCUUGGGAAAUUCUAAGGCAGAGUUCCUAAGGGCCCGUCACUAUGAUUCUCUCAGUAAUUUAUCUAGAGUAAAUCACUCAUGAUUUAUUUUGGCUUUCCUAACUCUUUAGUUGCCUCACAGAGCCUCGGGGGAUUUCUCUCCUAAUUCAGGAUAAAGACCAACAGAUGGCAGUGAGGAUAAUCCGCUUUAACUACAGAAAGCUGCGUUCCUGAUCUCGAUACUACGAUAGUCAACAGGAGUGGAUUUUAUCUUGUUUGGUUUGUGUUUGCUUAGUGACCUAAUCUUAUUUUCCAUUUUUCAUACCUAGCCUGUUUCAUCAUUAUAAACUAAGAAUAAUGAUAGGUGUUGGUGAUGUGUAUGGAGAUCUGGAACUGAUAGAGAUUUAAGAAAGAACUAUAUUAUUAUUGUCCUUCUAAUCAUGGUCUUACUUAGAUACAAAAUGCUGGGGUUAGUUUACAUGGUGCCCAUGUAACUCCAAGCUAAUGAAGACGAAGUCACAUGAAAGCUAUUCCCUAAAUCUGUCAACGGUUUUAAACUUCAGGCUCUGACCAAUCCUGAGCUCAAAAAGCUCAAAAAUCAAAUAUUGUGAACUUUUCAAUGCAAACAUGUAUGGUAAAGAAUAAAUAACACUUGAUUUCUUAUUUAAUAUAUGUUUGUAAAUUCUGCCUUUCUUCUUUUUCUAUUUAUCUGAUUAUUAUUAUUAUUAUUAUUUUUUUUUUUUGAGAUGGAGUCUGGCUCUGUUGCCCAGGCUGAAGUGUAGUGGUGCAAUCUUGGCUCACUGCCACCUCUGCCUCCUGGGUUCAAGCAAUUCUCCUGCCUCAGCCUCCCAAGUAGCUGGGAUUACAGACGCCCACCACUGUGCCUGGCUAAUUUUUGUAUUUUUUGUAGAGACAGGGGUUUCACCAUGUUGGCCAGGCUAGUUUCAAACUCCUGACCUCAAAUGUUUCGCCCACCUCAACUUCCCAAAGUGCUGGAAUUAGAGGCAUGAUCCGCUGUACCUGAACUGUUCAUCUGAUUAUUUAAGUAAAACUUUUAUAAACCAUGACCUACAUUUUCUACGCAAUUUUAAGAUACUCAGUUAAUAUUUUAAUUAUUAACUCUGAGUUUUUUAAUGAUCAGCUUUCAAAUUAUAUUUCAGUGUAUACUCUGAGUCUAUGUGUAUGCACAAAAGGUGAAAUGAAGUUAGCUUUUUUUUUCAGUAAGUUUAGGCUGUAUUAACAGUUACAUAAGUUAGGUAAGGAUGAAACUGCUUUGGGGCCCAGACUGUGCUGGAAUCUACUAUUUAAAUUCAAAGGCAAUUGAUGGCCGGUGUUCAAUUGCACUAUUGUAAUGUUUGCAUGUUGGUCUAGCUCAAGUAUCAGGAAAACAUAAAAUUCAUGAAAAUAGCACCUUUUACAGUUUUAUACUUUUAUAAAGCACUUCGUUAAAGAAGUAUUGCAAAUUUCUAUGUAUUUUUAACAUAUAAGCCGCUGCAUUUUAAUGUUCAUUUUUGAUAUAGCUAUGGUAACUUAUAAUAGUCAUUUUUAUAUUCCUAACUUGUUUUCUGAAAGAUAUGAUCAUUAUUAAAAUAAACAUUCAUGUAAAUGGAGUAAAUCAUGGGGGAAUCAAUUCUAAUAAGUACCUUAUAAAUUACUUGUCUCGAUACUAGAUUUCUAUAACCAUAAAUUUUAUACUGUAAAGUCCAUUUAAAAUAGGGUAUAAUAUUUUAAUUUUUAGAGACUCCCCUCUAAAUAAUUCACUCUUAUAUUGUAAAUACAUUGAUGCCAACAAAAUUCCAACUGCUACUAACAAAGGUUUGGUCUGUGAUAAGCUAAUACAAGCUACUCUGUGUAGGAGGUAAAUAUGUGUACUGGGGGGCAGUAAAAAUCCACUUAGGUUAUGGCAAAGAUGGGAAUUAAACUGGAAAACUCUUAUCUCCAUAAAAUCAAUAUCCUUUGUUAAGUGCCAAAGGGUUUCAGAGAACUUCUUGCUAAGAGUUUAUUGAUAAUGAUGCUUCAGAACAUCCCAUUUAAAUGUACAGUGUAAAUAUGUAAAAUAUUUUACUUCCCAGGCAAGUUUGGGAAUGUAUUGCCACUUAGUGGCUCUUUGUGACUGGCAAUUCUGUGUAUCUGAAACAAAUAAGCUGUAAGCACUUUUGUUAAAACUUCGUCAAAUAAUCCUUUUAUGUACUUGUUCUCAGACCUGUUCUCUGAGUAUGAAAUGUGUUACAAGACAAGGUGCAAAUUUAAAACAAUGCCUGCAUUGAAAUAAAUGAUUUAAACAGA